AUGGCUGGAUCUAGGACGGCCACAAUAGCUGUGCAGAAGCGCGAAGGGGUUCCGAAUUUGAAAGCCAUUAUAGGAAGUCUUACAAUUUGCAUCGACGACGAAGACCACAGUUGCACUACGCUCGACGCCUUGGACAAAUGCGUUAAUCUCAAUGGAGACAAUGGGAAUCUCGCACACAAGAUCUCGUCUCUCGAGACUGCCGAGCAUACCGCAUGUCUCCUCUACCGUGACUUCGACUGUACCAACCCCUUGGCCGGCGGUCGCGCCAUCGACAACACCUACAUUCCCCAGCUCAAGGCUCUCAAUCCCGACGAGAGAAUCCGCAGCGUCACCUGCUGGGAGCAACACUCGCUAUCCACCCCCGCUCCUCAGCAUUCCAAACGCGCCCGUACUCGAUUCUACAAAGGACCUAUUGGAAUGCUCCAACUCUGCCUAGACACAAACCUGCAGAGCUGCGUCGCAAUAUCCGCACUCCAAUGUAUCAGCCUUCGAAAUGUUUUCCAGGAUCUGCAAGGCAAGAUUAACUCCGUCUCGCCCACCGUCGGCACAAGGUGCACGCUGUAUACCGACUUAUAUUGCAAAGGCAAUACUCUACAAUUGGACAGGCCCUUACUAAAUCUCGGUCCUCUUGGCUGGGCCGGUGCGACGAAGAGUUUCAUCUGUGCUGAUCACCGCUAUGAUAAACGGAAUGAGGGAGAGGAGGGUAUGCUGGAGCGUAAGUAUAGGUUCGAUUGGAUCGAGGAGCCGGCAACGGUGGGGUAA